AUGUGCAACGUGUCUCUGAUGAGCUGCCACGUCGACUCGAAGGUCGACCACCUCUUCCCGCCCACGCUCUACAUAAUUGUCAUCACCAUCGGCCUCCCCACCAACUGCAUGGCACUCUGGGCGGCCUACCUGCAGGUCAGGCAGAAGAACGAGCUGGGGGUCUACCUGAUGAACCUCUCCAUCGCGGACCUGCUGUACAUCGGCACCUUGCCCCUCUGGAUCGACUACUUCUUCCACUACGACAACUGGAUCCACGGCCAGGAGUCCUGCAAGCUCUUCGGGUUCAUCUUCUACACCAACAUCUACAUCAGCAUCGCCUUCCUCUGCUGCAUCUCCGUGGAUCGCUACCUGGCCGUGGCGCACCCGCUGCGCUUCGCCAAGUUCCGGCGGGUCAAGACGGCCGUGGCGGUCAGCGCGGUGGUGUGGGCCAUUGAGAUCGGGGCCAACUCGGCGCCGCUCUUCCACAACGAACUCUUCCACGACCUCUACAACCACACCUUUUGCUUUGAGAAGUACCCCAUGGAGGAGUGGGUGGCCUGGAUGAACCUCUACCGGGUCUUCAUCGGCUUCCUCUUCCCGUGGGUGCUGAUGCUCUUCUCCUACCAGGGGAUCCUGCGGGCCGUGCGGGGGAACAUCUCCACGGAGAAGGAGGAGAAGGCCAAGAUCAAGCGCCUUUCACUCAGCCUGAUCGCCAUCCUCCUCAUCUGCUUCGCGCCCUACCACGUCAUCCUGCUCUCCCGCAGCACCGUCUACCUGAGCAAGCCCUGUGACUGCAGCUUUGAGGAGAAAGUCUUUGUGGCAUACCACACCUCGCUGGCCUUCACCAGCUUGAACUGCGUGGCCGACCCCAUCCUCUACUGCUUCGCCAACGAGGGGGCCCGCAACGACGUGGCCAAGGCCUUGUCCACCAUGGUCCGCUUCCUCACCAGCUCCAAGCCCCAGGAGAUGGCCAAUGCCUCGCUCACCCUCGACACCCCCCUCUCCUCCAAGAAGAGCAGCUUCUGCCGGCAGUCCCUGCCCCUCCCUCUGCCCCCCUCGCAGGCUGGGGGAGGGACGCGGGACGAAGAGCUCCAAAUGAAGAUUUUGACUUUUAACCACUGA